CUUCCAUCCACUUCCGCUCCCACAUCCACUCUCACCAACACACACCUCGCCCACCAUUCAGUUCCUCCGCUUCUUUUCGCGCGCCGCCAGCCCCGCAACCAUGAGCGCCGCCAAGACCAAGGCCCAAGGCAUCAUCGACGACAACGCCGUCGCCGUCUUCAGCAAGUCCUACUGCCCCUACUGCAAGGCGACCAAGUCGCUGCUCUCGGAGAUGGGCGCCAAGUUCUACGCCAUUGAGCUGGACCAAGUCGACGACGGCGCUGCCAUCCAGGACGCUCUUCAGGAUAUGACGGGCCAGCGCUCCGUGCCCAACAUCUUCAUUGCCAAGAAGCACAUUGGCGGCAACAGCGACCUGCAGGGCAAGAAGGGCGAGCUGCCGAAGAUGCUGCAGGCCGCCAAGGCUGUUUAGGCUGAGGCUGUUGAAGCCGAAGCUGAGGUCGAGGCCUUUGAGGCUGAGGCCGAGGUCAGGGCCCUUGAGGUCAAGGCUAAGGCAAUGCAAAGCGAAGCGGAGCCCUUCCUCACCGAACAAGACAAGACAUCCGGGCCCUUCCGGCGCCCCUCCCGUCACUACAGCAUUGACGGCCUCCGAACGAGCACAAGUGUCUUUAUUUUCCUAGACUUCACGAGCAAGCCAUCCAGUGCACGAGUCGAAUUGAAGGAAGCGAGGAGGCGAGCUAGAAAGCGUAUAUACCAUUACCAAGAUAUAGAAUUAGGUACGCAAUGCGAUG